AUGGAUUGGGUUGUGCAAAGGAACGAGCCAAUCUAUGGCGCUAUGCCAUAUCGUGGGGACCGCAGUGAUGUUUGGGAUGAAGAAGGAUCGCAAGACGAAAUAGCUUUGGUGUCUCAGUUCUUCAAUCCUCAGAGUCCUGUAGAUGACGAGAUUGUGCCAGCAUCAGUGGCUAAAGAUAUAGGAACAGCAGAACGAAUGCGGUCUAAAGUUGGUAAAAUCAAUGGUCUAUAUAUAAAGGAUUUAAAGAGGACGAAAUUGAUUGAAGCUAAUGAGGACACUCCAUAUCGUAUGUGCUAUCCAUCGGAGAUUCCUAAGCGUUUAGUCUGCGACGAAGUAAAACCAUUUGAAACACCAUUCAGAAAUGGCAAAAGUGUGAAGUGGAAGGAAAUACUGGAGGAUCCUGAGGUGAUUUACGAACUUAGGAUGAGAAAUCAAAGAUUGGUGUCUGAUAUAGUACUAGCUCCAACUAUACGUCGUCGUUUAGUUCAUCAUAUACGGAAAAAUAAAAUCUACGGCGAUGGUUCUUACCAGGUCCAUGAUUCGGACGUUUUUGCUCGUGCCGAAGUAACAUCCUCUGAUAGUGACGUCUUCCAUCAGUGUUCCAAUAUGUUGUACAUACUAGAAAAUAUAAGUGCAAUUUUCCUUCUGCGGCUUCUCAUCUAUUCACUUUGCGUGAAGGUGUUUUAUCCCGACAUGAACUACGCAAAGGAAUCGUCUGCUCUUCGUGAUGUUCUGAUGCUACGAGACCUAAUCUACAAUCAAAAAACGGUGUAUUGCUAUCUAAAUUCUGAAUAUGCUGAUAGACCUGGUUACAAGCAUACUUUAAAGCAGAAGGAAAUUGUUCUUGAAAAAAUCAUAGGAGAUGGAGGGUCAUGUGAGAUUUUAUGGCAGGAUAGAGCGCAUUCAAUACUUGUUAAUAUCGCAGUGGAUCAAGAUCUGGAGGACUACGUGAAGUGGUAUUUCCCUCGGGCGGCCCACGCCGUCCGUUUAAGUACCAGUGAACGUGCCAAACUCUCUAAGUAUUUGGAUAGGAGUAAAGCUGAAAUAUUCGCGGACGCUGUUCGUGUCUAUUUUUCUUCAUGGGCCGAUUGCUGUGAAGCCUUGAAGGACAAGGAUCAUCGUGUGGCUCGGAAUAACUAUGUUCGUAAUUUUCCUCCGCUUCAGCUAUUUCCUCGUGCGUUCAUUGUCGGUGAUAAAGCGUGGAAUAGUGUGAAAAAUGGAAGGAUGACAUAUCGUGUAAUGUGGCUUAAGCAUUCAUUCAAAUACACUGGAAUUGUGAUCAUCGUUUUGGAGUACGUUCCACGUUCCUUCCAAGAUGAUGUAGUAUUUGAAGAACAUAUUGAAGAAGUGCUGUCUAGAAACAACAUCGCUAUAAAGCGUGCGUAUUUGAAACGAUUUUCUAGGAGAUUAGAGAAUAUCGAGGAGUUAGCCAGGACACAAUUAUUUCGAUCAAUAAUCUCGGAGUUGAUACACAACCAUGAAUGGCAUAGGCAAUACCCUGUUACUCCUCAAGAUUGGCGGCAGUUAUUGAGUGAAAAUCUUCCUUGGCAAUGGAAACUUCUUGACGAUGAGAAAAACGGUGACUGUGAGACGACCAGCUCUGUCGGAGAGGCCGAAUUAACGUUCCAGGAUACAGAAUGUGGAUUGCGAAUGUUUCACACUUUGGUAGAUAAGCAACAGGGUCUGGAAAUUUGGGAUGGAAUUGAUGAUCCGCCUCAAAGAGUACUUCUUGUUCUGUUCGCUUUCUUCUUUUACCUUUUAAACUUGUGGUUUGAAACUAGCCCUAGAGAGUUUACGAGAGUUGGGUAUGUCCUUCUCAAACGUUGGGCAGUGUUGAAUAACGCUUUUAUUAACAAUUUUGAAUCUGCUCAAGAUGAAGAUGCUGUUUUACUGGUCAUUGCCAAGGCUACGGGAAAAACGAUCUUUGUGAAGCCCAUUUACUGUGUGUCUCUUAAUAUAACUAAAGAAGUACGGGUCGCAUGUGACAAAUUCAUAAGGCGCCUGAAUAACGAACAAUCUAUGGUAGCCCGUGCGUCCAGGAGUGUUCUAAAUUCGUUGGAGAUUGUAGACAGGACAUGGACGGCAUGUUAUGACGCUUCAGAUGACGUUGACACCAGCGAGGGAGAAAUCAGUGUCCAAGGAUGGCCUGUUCAACACGUCGAAGAAGUGGCAACUCGUCUUUUGUCGAUGUUUCACGGAUCAUAUAUUGACUGCAGUGAUGCUAUAAAUGGAAGACUUCUAUAUGGGUAUGGUGCAAGAUACGUUGAGCACGUUCGAAAAGAAUUACGAGGACGUGUAGUAAUCGAUAUGGAUUUGCUAGGAGAACGCAUAACUCUCGUUGGAGAAGAUGCAGACCUGGCCAGGAUGAAGUUCAGAUAUUUUGCAAAGAACAGCCAUGCAUUCACAAUUACUCAAAGAAUUGAAAUCGCACCGCCUCGUUACCCGAAUUUCAUGUCGAAGGUUCUUGACGUUGUGGGAAUUGGUGAACUUAGGGAAAUCUGUGGAGGAGCAGAGCUGAAACGGUUGGACUUUGUUAGUAUUACCUUCACUGGAACGCUUCAGCAGUAUGAUUUGCUUAGGAAUUAUCUGGACGAGAUUGAUGAAAGGAUAAAAACUGUUACAAAAAGUAGGUUGUUGCCACUAUGCUGUGCUGAUAAAGACUGUGGUAUACCGUUUGCCAUCAGUGAUAUCAAGCGCCUUGUCUUGGGUGAUGCUCGGUUGCCAUGGUUGAAUGAGAGAAAGAUUCGUCCCUUAUUAGAAAGUUCUAUUGACUGUUUGUUACGAGCCAACAAGUCACUAAUUCGCUGUCCGUCACCGGAUUGUUUCGGAAUCUUUACGAAGAAAGAAGUCAGUGAUACCCCUAGCACUAUGAGAUGUGAUUGUUGUGGACGUGAUGUAUGCGAUAAGUGCAUGAUGGAACCGCAUGAAGGUGUCUCGUGUGAGGUUCACGCAAUGCUUCGAUCCGAUCAUGAGGCAUCUAUACAAGUGUACAAGAACGCACACGUAGGGACAGUUCGUGACUGUCCGACAGUAGGUUGUGGAGCAGUGCUUCAAAAAAACGGAGGAUGUAAUCAUAUGUGCUGUACCGUGUGCAAUAUUCAUUUCUGUUGGUUAUGUGGUUUCAAGAGCGAAGUUGAAUCGAAGGUGUACAAGCACCUUAAAGACGAACAUGGUGCAAUUGGAGAUGAAUGGGCCGAUUUGUAUCCUGAUAUGCAUGUAAUUGGUGUGGAAUAUCGUGUUAAUGAUAUGAUGCGAGGUCCCAUUUUUGGUGAAGACGAAGUUCACGAUAUUGUCGAGUAUGUGUGGUGA